AUGGACGGCACCGCCAGCCCCAACAUCCACACCAUCGUCAAAGCUCAGAUCGUCUUCCUCCUUUCUACUCUCACAGAGGAGAACUUCGAGCGUAAUCAGGUGGAGAUUCGUUCGCUGUCCGAGCAGCAUGGCAUCGACACGUACCUCCACUUCAUACGCCGUCUCAUAGUACACUCUUAUGCUCGCCUCACCUCCAACACCCCACCCGCCGCCUUCGACCCAUCCUCCGCCCUCACCUUCCGGCUCUUGAUUCAAGAGACCCAACGACUCGCACGCGAUCCUUUCCUGGCCGACAGGUUUCGAGAUGGCAUAGAUCGGGGAGAAGGAGACGUGUUCCGCAACUUCGAUCUGGUCAAGUUUGCCGACAGGAUUGGCCUCCGCCCCCUCGAACGGCUCAUUCUCGUGUCCUCCAUAGUCGCCGCGCCGACACGCCGCGAACUUGCAGCGCAGGCAAUGACUGUGAUUCGCAUGGACUUCGAGAAUGCCGCACUGGCGUUAUGUCAACACCCGUCCUUCGACCAUGCAGACUUGAAUCCCAAUCAAGUCGGCAAGCUUCUCGCGAAUCUCCUCGCUGAGCCACCCCGGGACGCUCCGGUCCUCGAUGCCACUCAACGUCAAGCCAUCAUGGUCGCCGCACAGGCCAAGUACGGGACUGAAAUCGCGUCCCCCAUACUACAGCGCAUCCUACCCAACCUCUGUCUCCCUCCCGGUACAUCUCUUGUGCAGACUUUGGUCCAGCUCGGCGCCGAAAUCACUUGCGAUGCAGACGUCGUGCGCUCUCUCUUGACCAGAUUCAACAUCACAGAGAGCAAUCCUCCCACGGACGUACAGAUAGUAGAAAUGGUGACUACGGUCGCGCGCUUAGCUUCAGAAGGCGCUGUGCUCCCUGAUGUGGGGGCAAUCGUCAGGGCGUUGUCUUCAUUCAACACGCCUUUGAAUUGGGCUGCCACCAUCAGGGCCUUCGAUAUGUCCGACCGGCAGGGAGUGGACACAGCGACGCUCAAGCUUCUGAUCGCCAUUCUCAUGAAUUCCCCUCGCGACGAGCCGCAUGCCGUGACUGGAUUCUGGCAGCUGUGGACCAACAUUCCGUACCAGCUGCGGUUGCUGGACGCCAUGCUCUCGUUGCCUGCUGACACCUUCAGCUUUGUCAACCUUCCUGGUCGCAAGAUCGUCACCGUGGAGGAUGUCGCCGGUGCGAGUCCCACAAUCAAGUCUCUGGCCGCCAAUGUUCAAGGUCACACUUGGAACUCGCUGGAUUUGUUCGAGGUCUUGGUGCAGGCAGCCGACUCGAAGAACACGGACGUCACGAACUUUGUGCGAGAGAUGUUGGAUAAGGCGGUGAAGAUCAGUGCGGAACUCGUACAUAUGGGUUUAUUACAGGUCCAGCAACAAUCAUGGAACGAGAUCCGCUUGGACUACACUCAGCGUCUCUUGGCGAUGUUCUUGGCUGGCCAUCCUAAUCACCAACUUGUCUUCAUGCGCAUCUGGCAAAUCCAGCCAGCGUACCUCACCAAUGCGUUCCGUGAUUUCUAUGACGAGAGCAAUCAGAACAUCACCAGAAUCCUCGACGUCGCUCAGGAUCUCAAGAUACUGGAUUCACUUCUGGAAGUGCGGCCGUUCAAGUUCGCGCUGGAUGUCGCGGCGCUGGCAUCUCGCCGAGAGUACCUGAAUCUCGAUAAAUGGCUGGCGGACAAUGUGACGGCCCACGGUGCCGACUUCCUGCACUCUGUCAUCGCUUUCUUGGAGCUCAAGAUGGAUAGCGAGAAAACUGUCAGGGUUGCAGACCCUCCUGUGGAGCCUCGCACCAUGCAGCUUUCUCCACAGACGAUAGCCAUUUUCUUGCGGGUGCUUCGUAACAGUUCUAGCAUUAUGCAUGAGAGCGAUGUCGACUACUGCCUCGAAGUCCGCAACGCCUGCUUGCAGAUUCACCCCCGCCUCAUGAACCUCUUGCCGGGAUCCGACGUGGAGCCUGGGUUCACAGUGGUCAGCUACUCGGCCGAGAUCGAGUCUGAAGUGGACGGCAUCUACAAGCAGAUGUACGACGAGCACAUCACCAUCGACGAUGUCAUCAAGCUUCUGCAACGCAACAAGGCUUCCAGCAACUCCCGCGAUCACGAGAUCUUCUCCUGUAUGCUGCAUUUCCUCUUCGACGAGUACAAGUUCUUCCAAGCAUACUACCCUCCCCGCGAGCUUGCCAUGACGGGGUAUCUGUUUGGCUCGCUCAUCCAAUAUCAGCUCGUCGAUUUCAUCCCUCUUGGUAUCGCCAUUCGCUAUGUGCUGGAUGCACUCAACUGCACCCCCGAGACGAACCUGUUCAAGUUUGGUAUUCAAGCCCUUUCACGGUUCGAGUCGCGUUUGUCCGAAUGGCAGCCACUGUGUCAAGCCCUCUUGAAGAUCCCUCAUCUUCUUGAAGCCCGCCCAGAUCUCGCCAUUAGUAUUCAACGCGCUCUCGCCAACGGGGAUGGUUCCAGCAGCUCUGCGGACCUCAGGACUCUGACUGUCGCACCAAUGGCCGAGCCUCCUCCGGUGUUCACUGCCAUCAUGCCUGACCGCCUUGAGGGUGAGCCAGAAGCGCCGCCCGAGGAAGUUUCCGACAAGAUCCUGUUCAUCGUCAACAACCUGGCGCCGUCGAACUUCGAAUCGAAGUUGGUGGAAAUGAAGGGGCACUUCCAAGAGCAGUACUCAAGAUGGUUCGCCAACUAUCUAGUCGAUCAACGUGUCAGUAUCGAGCCCAACAACCACCAGCUCUACCUGCGCUUCCUUGAUGCUCUCGAUGUGCAGCCGCUCUUCCGAUUUGUCUUGCACGAGACCCUCGUCAAGUCGGCCACCUUGCUCAAUUCGGAGAAGACCCUGCAGCUGGGUUCGGAGCGGGCGAUCCUGAAGAACGUUGGCUCAUGGUUGGGCAGCAUCACGCUUGCUCGGGACCGUCCAGUCAAGCACAAGAACCUGUCGUUCAAGGAUCUGCUUAUCGAAGGAUACGACAAUGGCAGGCUGAUCGUGGCGAUCCCCUUCGUCUGCAAGACGCUUGAGCCCGCGGCGAAAUCGAGGGUGUUCCUCCCCCCCAACCCUUGGUUGAUGGCCGUCAUCAGCCUCCUUACGGAGCUGUACCAUUUCGCUGAGCUCAAGCUCAAUCUGAAGUUCGAGAUCGAGAUGCUUUGCAAGGCGCUUGACGUCGGUCUUGAUGCUGUCCAAGCCACAACCAUCCUCCGGAACCGUCCCCUCACAGAUUCACUCGCUGGUCCCCCUCUCCCCGACUACGUCUCCGACAUCGACUCCUUGCCUAUGGGAGGGUACGACCCUGCCGCACAGGCCCAAGCAGAUGCUCAGGUCAUACCUCUAGGCCCUGCGAGCCCAUCAGACACCCAGCGCGUUCUCGGAGCCCACAUCGAGAACAUCCUUUCCAGCCUCCUCCCCAACGUCACUGUCAGUCCCCAACUUGCCCCCCUCCACACCGAUCCUCGUUUCAAGCGUGCCAUUCAAAUGGCUGUCGACCGUGCCGUUCGCGAGAUCAUCCUCCCUGUCGUCGAGCGCUCCGUCACCAUCGCCGGUAUCUCCACUCGUGAGCUGGUUGCGAAGGAUUUCGUCACGGAGCCCAACGAAGAUAAGCUCCGGAAGGCCGGUCACCUCAUGGCACAGAAACUUGCCGGUAGCCUAGCUCUUGUUACCUGCAAAGAGCCGCUCAAGGGCAACCUCGGCAGUCACAUUCGUCACUUCCUCUCGGAGGUCGGCUUUUCGGACCAGUUGGUCCCGGAUCAGGUUGUCUUCUUGUUGGUACAGGAGAACAUUGAGCUCGCUUGCCAGGCCAUUGAGAAGGCUGCAAUGGAUAGGGCGGUCAUCGACGUCGAUGACAGCUUCGCCGCCGCUUACGAGGUCCGCAGACGCCACAGAGAGCAACGUCCUGGACAGCCCUUCUGGGACAAUUCCGUCUCACAGUCGCAUGUCUUCGGUUCUCUACCGGACCCGUUGCGCAUCAAGCCCUCUGGAAUCCAACCCGCGCAGUUGGCAGUCUAUGAAGACUUCAGCAUGGAGAAGCAGCGGCGCAUGUUCACAAGUCGUCCGAACUCCACCGUCUCCUAUUCCCGCAACGACCAAGUUCCUGCGCUCUACAGUCCUUCCCCUGCGCCGGAGCACCCUGCUCAGAAUCUGCUGCGCCCGCAGGAAGCCAUGGAGCGCUUCAACGCUUUGGUGCGCGACUUGGAAGCUGUUCUCGUCCAGCUCCCUAUCACUUCUCUCGCCGCCCUCCCCCCUUCACACGAAGUCCGCCAACUUCUCCGCCAGAUCUUGUUCAUUGCUGCCGACUCCAUGGACCGCAACCGCACCCCCCUCCUCAUGUCACAAAAGAUCGUUCAAUUGCUGUACAAGACUCCGUCCCAGCUUGGGCGCGAGAUUUACGUUGCACUCCUCGACCAGCUGUGCCGCUCGUUCGAGGAGGUCGCGCGUGAGGCUAUCACCUGGCUCAUCUACGCUGAAGACGAGCGCAAGUUUAACGUGCCGGUCACGACAACGCUUCUUCGGAGCAGCCUCAUCACUGUCUCUCAAAUCGACCAGCAGCUCGCCAAGACGCUGUACACGGAUCCCAAGCAGAGCCUUCAGAACUUCGUCGCCGGCUUGGUUCGCGAGUGCCUCGUUGCCGACCCUUCGUUGGCCACUCAGGCUCAGUUCUCGUACACAAUCGACAUCCUCAGCCAGCUCGCCCAGUCAGGCAAGGUCACGGAUGAAGCCGCACGGUUGCUGGACGAUUUGCGCGGUGUGCCCCAGAACGUACCAGCUCGCCAGCCAUCUGUUAAGCCAGAGACCGAGACACUCAGGGAGAAGCUCUUCAUCUGGUUCCAGCAAUGGGUCAGCAUUUACCAGAGGUCGCACUCGCCCGAGAAGUCCUUCGUGCCAUACAUCACGCAGCUCACCCGUCAAGGCAUCUUGAAGGCCGAGGACACAUCUUCGUUCUUCUUCCGGGUCUGCGCGGAGUCCUCUGUCAACAGCUACAUCAAGCACGUCAACGCUGGGGAGUUCGGCUUCGCGUUUCAAGCCUUGGACGCCAUGUCCCGCCUCAUCGUGUACAUCAUCAAAUACCACGGUGAUGCAUCUGGGGUGAACAAUGACCAGGCGAAGGUCCAUUACUUGACGAAGAUCUUGUCCAUCUUCGUGCUCGUGCUGGCCAACAUGCAUGAGGAGCCAGGACCGCACUUCCAGCAGAAGCCUUUUUUCCGCUUCUUCUCCAGCCUGUUGAACGAUCUUCACUCUAUCGCUAGUAGCCUCGGCACGGCAUACUUCCAGUUGCUGCUUGCCAUCGGCGACACCUUCAGCUCGCUGCAGCCUACUUACUUCCCCGGCUUUGCCUUCUCGUGGAUGAGCUUGAUCUCUCACCGCCUCUUCAUGCCAAAACUGCUCCUUUCCGACAACCGCGAGGGAUGGUCCGCCUUCUACAAGCUGUUGCUUUCCCUCUUCAAAUUCCUUACCCCCUUCCUCAAAACUGCUGACCUCCAACUCUCCGGCCGCGACCUCUACCGGGGCACCCUCCGCCUCCUCCUUGUCCUUCUUCACGACUUCCCCGAGUUCCUUAGCGAGUACUACUUCUCCCUUUGCGACGUCAUCCCCCCGCGUUGCAUUCAGCUUCGCAACAUCAUCCUCAGCGCCUACCCUCCCAGCGUCGUCCUCCCCGACCCUCACCUCCGUGACAUCGACUUCGACACAAUCCCCGAGAUGGGCCCCAUCCCUACUGUUCUCUCCGACUUCGCUGCCAAUCUUAGGGCAGGUGACCUCAAGAUAUUCCUCGACCAGUACCUGUUGAACCGGGGCCCUCAGUCCACCUUCCUGGCUUCGCUCAAGGAUCGCCUGCGUUUACCAGCUCAAGACGGUACUCCUGAGGCAUACAACACCACCCUUAUCAACUCGCUCGUCGUGUACAUUGGAGUGUCCUCGGUGGCUCAAGCGCGUGCUCGUAGCGGCAGUCCUCUGUUUGUUCCUACCGACGCCGGAGUUGUUGCUUUGCAAUACCUUGCAACGAACCUGGAUGUGGAAGGCCAGCACUACUUGCUCAGUGCGAUGGUCCUGCACCUGCGUUACCCUAACGCGCACACUCACUGGUUCAGCUCCCUCAUUCUGUACCUCUUCCAUGAGAUUCAAGCCGAUCAAUUCAGAGAGAUCGUGACGAGGGUCUUACUUGAGAGGUUCCUAGUGCACCGUCCUCACCCGUGGGGCGCACUGGUCACGUUCAUCGAGCUGCUCCGGAAGCCCAGGUACAACUUCUGGAACCAGGAGUUCAUCCAGAUCGCGCCCGAGGUUACGCUUCUCCUCGAGAACGUGAGUAUACAUGUUCUCCCUACUUCACGUGUGCUGAUGAUCGCUCUCGACCAGGUCGCGAGGUCCAUCUUCCAAACCUAG